GCCGGCUGCAGCAUGAACGUGAUCUACCCGCUGGCGGUGCCCAAGGGGCGCCGGCUCUGCUGUGAGGUGUGCGACGCCCCGGCCGAACGGGUGUGCACGGCCUGCACGGUCACUUACUACUGGUAGGCCCUGAAAGGUGGCACCUGGGCGCUCAGGUCCCUCGCUCUCUCCCCAUCACAGAUGUGGGCCUGGCUGCCUUGCGUGAGCCGGAAAGGCCCCACCAGGAAACCCUCCAGGCGGCUCCCACACGGGUCCCUGGGACUUCUGUGUACUCGUCUGCCUCCUCUCCCGCUCACUCGCUCGUCACCAGACUUUGUUGAGGGCCUACUGUGUGCUGUGCACUGUUCUACUGGGGGGAGUUCCUGGGGAAAACUCGGUAGACCCUCUCCCUCAAAGAUCUAACAUCUGCGGAAGACGGCUAAGUAAACUAACAAACACAAAACAAGUGGUGUGGUUCAUCAAAGAGCUGACUGGGGCAGCAUCCACGAGAAGAUCUGCCAGCUCCUGAUUCCGCUGCGUACCUCCAUGCCCUUCUACAACUCGGAGGAAGAACGGAAGCACGGGCUGCAGCAGCUGCAGCAGCGGCAGAAGCAUUUGAUUGAGUUCUGCUACACCGUAGCCCAGAAAUAUCUCUUUGAAGGAAAACAUGAAGAUGCUGUCCCAGCAGCUUUGCAUUCUCUUCGCUUCCGCAUGAAUGUGCAUGGCCUGAGUUCAGUGGAGCUUGUGCCUGCUUACCUGCUGUUGGCCGAGGCGAGCCUUGGUCUGGGCCGGAUUGUCCAGGCUGAGGAAUAUCUAUGCCAAGCCCAGUGGACAGUCCUCAAGUCAACUGAAUGCUCUUAUGCCACCCACUCGUUACUGCAUCGGAACCUGGGACUUCUCUAUAUGGCUAAGGAAAACUAUGAGGAAGCCCGUUAUCAUCUGGCUAAUGAUAUUUAUUUUGCCAGUUGUGCAUUUGGAACAGAGGACAUCAGGACCUCAGGAGGCUAUUUCCACCUAGCUAAUAUCUUCUAUGGCCUUAAAAAGUUGGACCGGGCAGACACACUGUACACCAAGGUCUCUGAGAUCUGGAAUAAAUAUUUGAACAAUCACUAUCAAGUCCUCUCGCAGGCUCGCAUCCAACAAAUAGAUUUACUGGGCAAACGAUUUGAGACCGACACUGGCUUGGAUGAAGCCCAGGAAGCAGAAGCCAUUCGGAUCCUGACUUCAAUCUGGAACAUUCGAGAAUCUACCUCUGACACAGCCCCCCAAAAAACUAUCUUUGUUCUGAAAACCCUGGUCAUGCUUUACCACCUGAUGAUGAAUUCUUCAAAGGCACAAGAAUAUGCCAUGAGAGCCCUCGAUCUAGCCAGAGAGCAACAGCUCAGUGACCAGGAACAGAACUCCAUUCAAGACUUACUCAGUCUCAUCUCAGCUGAAGAUGCCCAUCCCGUUACUUAGUGCCCUAUGAGCUCCACGUCAGGGGCUCUUCAUGGAGUUGUUGAACGUCUGCUACAGUCCGGCCUUGCACAACUGCUUCGAGGUGCCUGACUUGCUGAGGUUCCCACCCUCUCCCCCUGCGACUGCACAAAUACCUGUGUUUCUGUUCUUGCACAGCAUACGCGAGGGAAUGGAGAGCUUUAGGCACAGGGAUCAGUAAAACGGUUGGUUACCAUGACCUCUGCACUUGGUUUAUUGUGACUUUGUAUGACUUUGAGUAACGUGCUGUCAGCUCGCUAAUAUGUAUUUGUAAUUAAACUGCAAAUAGUUUAUCAUAUUUCCCAGAAGUUUCCCAGGGAUGCAUGUUUCAUAGAUCUUUGCCAAAGAAGGGGGUAGGGAAUAAAGCUAUAAUUGGAGCAAAGUUUCUCUAUUCUACUGGUAUUGAGUUAACAUUAAUCUGAAGGAGAUUGUGAUUAAAAAGUCCAUUAUAAUUUCUAGAGCAAUCACUAAGAAAAUUACUCUAAAAAAAUAGUUAAAAAUCAACAACGUAAUUAAAAUGGUACACUAGGAAAGAUCCACUCAGUGCAAAAGAAGGCAGUAAAGGAGGAAUAAAGGAACAAGGACAGAAGACAUACAGACAGCAAAAAGCAAAAUGCAGACAUAAAUCAUACGCCUUUGCCGGAGAAGGCCCUGGGCCUUGCAAGGAGCCCCAGCAUGGGCUGGCUGAGACACCAUUCCAGGCUGGUGCCUUUCUUUUCUGAGACAAUGAUUUGAAGCAGAUGUGAGCCAUCUGCACUGUCUAGGGGAGAAGCGCUCUGAAAGGCCCCCCUGUGAUAUAGGGGAUGGAGUGCAGGCCUUGGAGUCAGACGAGCCUGGGUUCAAAUCCCAGCUGUCACUUAAUAGCUUUGUGACCCUGAUCCCCCCAUAAUCUCAUUCAUUAUUGUGUAAAAUGGCCCAUUUGUGGCCAUGGCUGUAUCAGCUUGUCCCAUUGAUGACUCUGGCCAUUCAGAACAUCCUUUUUUUCUCCAGACUCACCGAGCAGCCUGCCCUCUUCUUAGCGUUCUGCUUCCUGGGUAGAUCUGCACCCAGGGAGAGGAUAUGCAAGUCAAGGACCUGUCGGAAAGUUUUAUGUUCCUCUCUGUAAGUUAAUUCACUCUGACACAUAGAAUAAAAAUAUGUCAGAUGGACCACCCUUCAGGUCUAGGUAAAAUCCGCUGGAACCCCAAUUCCAUACCUUGGGCAUUCUUAUGCUUCUCUGAAAUGGCUAUGAAGCCCCAGGGUCUUACUUCUCUACCAGCUGUCUCUUGCUCCAAUUUUCAGCUUCAAUUUCAUCAACACAAUCCUUUCUUGAUUCUCACCCCAACCCCAAAUCUGAGCCAGCUCUUUCAGUAGAUGCUUAACCAAGACUGGAGGGGUGAGGAGAGGAAUCAACCACUCUUCAGCAGAUCAUUCAAAAGAAAAUAUUAGAAUUUCUCUAUUCUAAGAAAGCCCUUCAGAGUUCAUUUCGUUAAACUCUAGCUCUCUUCUUUAAUAUUCAUUGGCCCCUUUCUCCUUUUCCCCCGUCCCUUACCUAUUCUCUUUUCUCUCCACCCCUGAAUUCUUCAUGAAUCCUUCCCCACUGAGUAUAUUUACAAAACUAUUGUUUAAAUUAAAUUACUUAAAUGUAUUCUUCCUGUUGAUUGAUUUUCCUCUUGAAUAUGGGGCAUAAUUGUCUGGUUUUUCAAGUCUAGUAAUUUAAUUUUCAGCCUUUCUGCUUUUCUAAUACUUACAUUUUUUU